AUGGACGGCGAUUUGAGUUUAUCACAAUCCCUCGGCGGGCUGAGAAUAGCGAAUCCUGACGAUUGCUCCUUGGACGACUCAGAAGAUGCGGUUGCUUCAGGUGUAGCUAGUCAUUCGCUUUCAUCUUCACAAAUACAAUCCCAUCCUGCCGCUGUUGAUCACGAACAAUCCAGCAACCACAUCGACACAUCAGCUCCGACAAUUCCAUCACUGGAUGGUCUGAGAUCUGACUUUGUCCUAGAGCCGAUGCCCGAAUUAUCUAACUCGUAUAGACCGCAAAUUCCCCCUUCCGAAAACGCGUCGUCUCAACGGCAGCGCUCGUCAGUUGCGUACUUGGCAGAGAAUCCCCUUUCGAACCAACAUCAUCAAAGCAUACCCCGAUCUGCAUCAACCCACGUGCAUAAUCAUUAUACAACCGGAGUCACGCCGGCAGCUGCCCGAGCCGACUUGAAUAAUUAUCGUAUUCGAACGGAUUCCGGUGCAUCGGCAACCGACAGGAUGACUCGUGAUUCAAGAGGUGGAUCUGCGGCCCUCCAAGCAGGAGUACCCUCAAGGGACAAUAGUCACAGCGACAGAUCAUACAAGCAAAGCCAAUACAUGGGCUCGAAUGGCCCUGCUCCUUUGCGAAAUGGCUCACGGAUGGGACACAGCAACCCCGCGGGCUCACCAUAUGCGAUGGAAAAUGGACCUCCAGCGAGUAGUGAGGAUUGGCAAGAUCGAGGAGCUGCUGUUGGCAUUAGGCAGGAGGUGGAUGCUAGUGGGCGAACAGUCUCCCGCUACAUUAAAAAGGGCGUUCGAGACUUUUCUUUUGGUCAGACAUUAGGCGAGGGUUCGUAUAGUACAGUAUGUCUCGGGACUGACCGCCAGACGCUCAACGAAUACGCAAUCAAAAUCCUUGAUAAACGCCAUAUUAUCAAAGAAAAGAAGGUUAAAUACGUCAAUGUUGAAAAAGACGCGUUGAACCGUCUCACCGAUCACCCCGGUAUUGUCCGGCUAUAUUAUACCUUUCAGGAUGAGCGCUCUCUCUAUUUUGUUCUCGACUACUGCAAAGGAGGGGAGCUACUUGGGGUUCUGAAACGAAUGGUUACAUUUGAUGAAGAAUGCACGCGGUUCUAUUGUGCGCAAAUCCUUGACACCAUUGACUACAUGCAUAAACGAGGAAUUAUACACCGCGAUUUGAAACCCGAGAAUAUUCUUUUGGACAGUCAGAUGCAUACCAAAAUCACCGACUUUGGCACAGCGAAGAUACUUGAUACAUCGAAGAAGGCUGAAGAGGGCUCUGGCGACAUCCCUUCGUUGGACUCCACAGACCCCCCAGAAUCGGAGCGUGCCAGUUCGUUUGUUGGAACUGCAGAAUACGUUAGCCCGGAGCUUCUCACAGACAAGAACGCAUGCAAGGCUAGCGAUCUGUGGGCUUUUGGCUGUAUCAUCUUCCAGCUUCUCGCCGGCCGGCCGCCGUUCAAAGCAGCCAACGAGUACCUGACUUUUCAAAAAAUCGUCGCUCUGGAAUAUGAGUUUCCCACGGGCUUUCCCUCUAUUGCCCGUGACCUCGUCGAGCGGCUUCUUGUGCUGGACCCUACGCGUCGUCUCCCCAUUGAGCAUAUCAAAAACCACCAGUUUUUCGACGGUAUUUCAUGGGGACGAGGACUCUGGAAGCAAAAAGCACCUCGCUUGAAAGCCUAUGUUCCUCCUCCACGGGAGCCGAUCAAGCUGAGUAGCGGAGCUGAUGAAGACAGUUUUCCCCCAAGCAUCUCCGCUGCACCUUCUGGUGCCAUGUCCACCCCUAAAUCAACGAGGGCAUACCCCCGCGUAAUCACGGAGCUACCUCCACCGAGUCAACUCGACAUUGAAUGGUCUCCGGUAUUGAAAAAAGACAAUGAGCGCAUUCUAAAGUUAGGAAUUCUAACAGUGUUGUCUUCCCACGCUUCUCACAGCCCAUCCGGGCGAAAUGGUCACGGAGAGUCCGAAACAUCCAGAAAGUUUUCUCGUUUCUUUGGCGGAAGCACAACCAAAAAGAAGCAGAGACUAGUAAUGAUCACAUCUUCAGCACGGAUCAUCAUCACGGCUGCUACCGGUGAUGAGAAACGAGUGAAACUAGAGAUCUCACUGUUGACCCCUCAAACCACGUACAGAAGCACGGUAGAUGCCAAGGGGUCUGCUUCGUGGAUUGUCGACACACGAGAUAAACACUUCGUUUUUGAAGAACCCAAAAGCAGCUCUUCUAGCGCAGUGCCAGCGGCGACUUCAAUUCAGGAAUGGAUCGAUACUCUGGAUCGAGCAAAAGACUGGGCGCUGUCUCAACAAAGCAGUACAUACUCAGGCGAUGAAUACCGUGAUUUGUCAUCUGCAUUUUCCAGUCAAACAAAUACUUUAGACCACAGUUCGGAAUUCCACAAUGAACAUGCACCACCAUCCGGGCGAGCGACACUUCAAAAAAGUGUGGCAGCAGCGGACUCUGAAUCUAUCAAGGGGAAAAAGCGGUUUAGCAAGCGGCACUCAAAGAAUGGCCUGGCUGCGGUUUUUUAA